ACAGUGUUGUGUCUACACUACUCCUAAUUCGACCCAGGAAGGUCAACUCUAGCACUUCUCCUCUCCCUGAGGUGGAGUACAGGCAUUGAUUUUACAAGCCCUUUGGGUUGGCGGAAAGGGCUCAGUAGUGUAGACACGCACAUUAUAAAUUCGACCUAACGCGGCAUAUGUUGACCUAACGCUGUAGUGUAGACCAGUUUUAAAGUCGAUCUUGUUUGCUUGCUUGAGCCAGACCCCUCCCGGAGGCAGGUCAGUGUCGCUGUAAGGAGCUCUGCUCUCUCUCUCUCCCUUCCCUCCAGCCUGGGAUCACUCACUGGAGGAAAACAGUAUUCCCCCUCCCCCCUUCAAUCCCGUGGCCAAAUCUCUCUGCCGUUUUGGGCUUCAACUCUGCCAGGAUUCAGAGCAGGAGGAAAUAGGGAACUGCCGGGAGUCUGGGGAUAUCCUAAAGAGACAGGGGACCGGGGGCGUUACAAUGGAAAGUGACGCAGAGGGGAGCCGAGAGGGAGAAUGAAGUAAAUUAACCAAGGGGGGAAGGGGAAAACCACUUCCUUUUUGCUCCAUCUUCAUUGUUCAAAGCGGCGCCUUCUGCGAAUUCUGUAUUUCCUGUCCCUGAAAUCCUGUGAGGCCGGAGCUGAACGGCCCCUGAGCACGGCCGCAGUGGGCAGUUGGCAAAGCGCAGCUCAGGGGCAGAGUUGGGCAGUCCCUCAUCCUACUGAUCCCCUUUCCAGCAGAUUUGUGUGGCAUUUCCCCUUUAUUCUGCAAACCUGGGGUGCCAGAAGAGCUGUGGGUCUCCUGUGAGUGCCUGGAUUUAAAGUCUUUUAUCGCCAUCCAAUCAUGGCAAGGAGACAGUGUUACUGAACAGAAUUCCAUCCAUCCCUCGUAAUGUGUGCACCCUGUUGGUUUGAACUGGAAUAGAAAUCCCAGCAUUUUAGGACUUGGGAGAGCUAAUGGCCUCUGCCAUGGGAGCCAGACACUUGGUGGCUACUGUGGUGCUUAUGUGCAUAUUGCUCCAUGAGGCAUUUGCUCAAAACCUCAUCAAGAACCCCAAGAACCAGAAGACAGAGCACUCGCUCCUGAUAAAUGAGAUCAAUGCGGACAACCCGGGGGAAGAUACCUCUGAGUUUGUGGAGCUCUAUCACACCAGCGGCCGAGAGGCCCCCUUGGAUGACUACUACCUGGUCUUUUACAAUGGCAACGGCAACCAGGCCUACAAAGUCCUGAACCUUCAGGGCAAAGUCACCAAUAAUCAAGGGUUCUUUCUUGUUGGGUCUUCCACGGUGAAACCCCAGCCCUCCAUGAUCUUGCCUAAGAACACUAUCCAGAAUGGGCCUGAUGCCAUUGCCCUGUAUUAUGGGAAGAGGAACUACCAGGAGGGCAUGAGGGUCACCAGCGACGGGCUGGUGGAUGCCUUGGUCCAUAAGUCUAGGAAGAGUGACAGAGCGGAUAUGUUGCUCAAUGUGCUGACCCCCAACAGGGAUGCUUUCCUGGAGGAUCCCUCCUUCAGGACCACAGACGAGUCGAUAGAAAGGUGCCACGGGGAGGGUUCUGAGUGGAUCUUUCAAGUGGCCAUGCCCACCCCAGGCAAGGAUAACCACUGCAUCCCCUCUUCCCAGCUGAAUGCUUCUGCCGUGCUAAUCAGUGAGGUUCACGCUGUGACCUCUCCUGGGGAGUCUGAAUUCAUUGAGCUUCAGGGACCUCCUUCCACUGUCCUGAGCGACUUGGUUCUGGUGCUGAUCGAAGGACGGACCAAAAGGGUUUAUUUCUUCAUGGACGUUUAUGGCAAAACCUCUCCUGAGGGGCUAUUUCUCAUUGGUCCUGCACAAGCCAGAACCCCAGUUGACCUGCCAUUCCCACCAAACUCCAGCAGCCCUCUCCUCAGCACUGGUCCCCAAGCCAUCGCCCUGUACGUUGGAAACAGCAGCAGUUACACACUGGGGAAAGCAGCAUGUGCUACCAACCUGUUGGAUGCUUUAGUGUACACAAGCAAUGGGAGUGCAGACCCAGAGCUCCUGGAGAUCCUGACCCCUGGGAGACAUGCCUAUGAGAAUAACAGCCACCAGCCAGGUAACAUGUCCAUGAGUCGGUGCAGCUGCUGCUCUGUGACCCGGGACCCCUCCAUCUAUGCCCUCAGCAGCCCCACGCCCGGACAGUUCAAUGACUGCCCCAGCAGCCGCUUCAGCCAGCCCAUCUCCCUCUGCCUCCAUAUAGCAGAUUGCCAGCUGUGGCUCCUUGGGUCAUAUGAGAUACAGACGGCUCUAGCCCAGGCCCUUGACAAGCUGUGCAAUUGUGGAAUGUCUGUUGCAUACUUUAAAGAUCCUGUCACAACAUGCCGGGGCACAGAGUUUGUAUUCACCAUACUCCUGACUGCCAAGUCAUCUGAGCAGCUGAGCAGCCUGGUACAAGCCUUCACCAGCUUCCUGGAGAGUCCCAGGGCAGCAAAUUUCAGCAGCUGGAAUGCCACAGUGGAAAAGGCCUGUUCCAAAGAUGCUAAUGUCACGGCAUCUCCUCCAGGUGCCAGAGAACCACCUUCCCAUGCAGCCGAGCUGCUCAUCAACGAGGUGAAUCCGGACAAUCCGGGAGGCCAGGAGGAUAUGGAGUACAUCGAGCUGCUCUACACUGGGCAGACACGUUUUGACCUCCGUGGUUAUUGGCUGGUCCUUUAUAAUGGCAAAAACAACCAGGCCUACAGGGUGGUGAACCUGACGGGCUACUGUACUAAUGAGCAGGGCUACUUCCUGGUGGGGAGUGCGUGGGUGACCCCAAGUCCUGUGAUUGUUCUGCCUCCGAACACCAUUCAGAAUGGGGGGGAUGCCGUGGCCCUCUACCACAGUACCACGUUCACCUACAGCAUGGGCAUGGCUGUGACAGAGGCAGGGCUGGUGGACGCAGUGGUCUACAAGUCCCGGGCAUCUGACAGGGCAGAUAAGCUGCUCAAAGUACUGACCCCAGGGCAGAAUAUCCUGUAUGAAGAUGACUCCCACAGCAGCCAGGAUGAAUCUCUGAGCCGGUGUAACAGCCAGAGCCCCAGAGUCCACAGCAGCUUCCAGGUGACUACGAUAACACCAUUCGGGGAGAAUGCCUGCGCCAACUCCUCAGCACCAUCUCCCACCGUCCCCUCCCUCCUAAUCAACGAGUUGAGCCUGGCCAACAGCACUGCCCCCUACCAGUUCAUUGAGCUGAAGGGCAAACCUGGAGCCACCCUGGGAGGAUAUACCCUGGUGUUCUUCUCUGGGCAGGAUGGCAAAGCAUAUGCCAGCAUCCCACUACAGGGCACGUUCGGGGCCACGGGCCUGUUUGUGAUUGCACCAUCAGGACCGCCCAGGCCUGAUCAGCAAUUGCCGUUUGUCAAGAAUGCCCCAUCUGUUAGACGUGGCUCCAGCGCUGUGGCAGUGUACAACAGCCGUCAAGCAAGAAUUCCUGUUGACAUGAUGGUGACUCUAGAGAACCUGGUGGAUGCUCUGGUGUACACAUGGGAAUCUAGCACAGGCAGAGGACAGCUGAACCACCUCGGUCCAUCGCACUUUGUGCCCUGUGCGGAAGAGAGGCCAGUGUCUCUGAGCCGCUGCUCCUGCUGUGAUGUGAGUGCUGCGCUGGUAUAUGUCAUCUCGGACCCUACACCUGGCUUGGAGAACAGCUGCCCCCUGAAGUCAUUUGCUGUGGAUCUUGAUAUGUGCCUGCUGACACCCAAUUGCUCUAUGUGGACCCCAAACUCUGAGAGGGCGCAUGACAGCCUGGAGAAGGUAUUAACGAAAUCCAUAGAGGAAAACUGUGCCUGCGGCAUCUCCCAGUUCUAUCUACACGCAGAACUCAACUUCACCUGCACAGACUCCAUGUUGCAGCUUUCAGGUCAGGUGUGGGCCAAGUCACCAGAGCAGCAGCAUCUAAUUCUAAACUGGCACAGGGACUUCGCCGCCAGCCCUCAUCCCUUUUCUGUGGAUGGGAGAGUACUUAAAACAAACAAAGAGUGUGUCGCUCCAGACAACGCAGUGUCAGCGUCACAGAAUGGCUCCUCCUUCCAAGCCUGGGAAAUAGCCCUCUUUGUCCUGGGAUCUAUCCUGCUCACACUCACACUAGUUGCUGUAGCUGUCUCUUACUUCAAAAGACACUCCCUGAAUUACACCACCAUAGAAAUGAAUGACCGCAGACAGAUGGCAGCAGACUUCUAACUCUUCCAGGAAAAAUGUCACUGGCAAGAUCCAUUAUUCUAGGGGUGGGUGGGGCUUGCAUCUCAAGGUGAGCGAGCUGUCUGUCCAGUACCCUCCCCGACACCAGGAUAGUUGCACAGACCCACUCUACAGCGAGAAUGUAACUUUACAUUUAAAGUGCCUGGGUUAUUUUUUAAACUCUGAGUGGUCUACAACUGACUAAAAGAUUUAAGAAAUGGGCUUGUGGCAGAUGCAGAGCUUGAAAGGCCCUGAGCUGCAGCAGGAUGGCUGUCCCCAUUGUGGAUGGGCUGCCAGACUGGGUGAGGAGACGACAAUAUUGUUCCCUAGGCUUCUCCCAAGACAAAUUUGGUACCGGUGGUAAAUCAAGUGGUGGCAGCUUGCAGGGGAACGGGAACUGUCCCAAGCUCUAGUCAGCUGGGGAAAAGAUUAACAGAAGGACAGACUGGCUUAUCCUAGAAGAUGAGCUCAGUUCUUAUUCGGCCUGAUUGCUGCUGUACAUGUGAAUAAAAUUUGUUACUCCAGUGGA